AUGUGGUCACAUUAUAGAUUUGUAUUUUGGUUCACCGUGUUUUUCGCUAUAUUUGCAAAGAUUGAUUCUAAAUUUGAGUUUACAAACAUCAAAUGUGAAAGUCUUGACAAGGCGUUUUGUGGUUUUGAAUCAUGUUACAUAAAAUCUGUAAACAGAAGUUACAAAUACUUUACAGUUAAAGUGAAUUUGUAUCAGCUUCCAACCAAUUGGUCACUUUUUAAACGUUUUAAUGGCUACAAACCAUUUCUGUAUAAUCUUACUGUGGAUGGAUGUAAAUUUCUGAGGAAUGUCAACGCAGCAAACCCAGUAUCGAAAUAUUUCUUUGAAUUUAUUUCACCGUACGCCAAUGUGAAUCAUAAGUGCCCAUUUAAUCAUGACAUUAUAGUAGAGAAGGUACCUAUAAAUGCAAUGGAUUAUCGAUUAACCAAAGUGCUACCGUUUCCUGAGGGGGACUAUUUGUUUGAUACCUUAUGGAUAGCUUAUGGUGUUCCACGGGGCUAUGUUAAAUUAUAUGGUACUCUUUCAUAA